CGGUUGUGUGUCUGUUGUCGGCGCUUUGACUAUACGCUUCCGAUAGAGGUGAGAAUCAGUAGAUGCCCCGGGAUCUGCAGAUAAAGGUGUGUUGAGAGCGUGAUAUUGGGCUAAACCGAUGAUUGCGAUUCAUCUCGGAUAUUUCUGAGGUAACGGUGUGAAAAUGUCCAAAACAAAAUCCAAAUCCAGAUCUCCCUCCUCUCGCUCCAUAUCCCGUUCUCGGUCCCGUUCGUUCUCGAAGUCCCGUUCGCGAUCGAGGUCUCUUUCACACUCACGGAAGCGUAGACACAGCUCUAGGUCUCGCUCCAGAUCCUAUUCUCCUAGUUAUAACAGGGAGAGGAAUCAUCCCAGGGUUUACCAGAACCGGGAUUUCAGAGGACACAAUCGAGGUUACAGGAGACCAUAUUAUUUUAGAGGGCGUGGCAGAGGAUUUUACCCCCGAGGCCAGUACAAUCGUGGUGGAUAUGGAAACUACCGUCCCAACUGGCAGAAUUAUAAUCGUCAGCAGUACAGCCCCCGCAGGGCCAGGUCUCGAUCCCGUUCUCCAAAGAGGAGGUCCAUGUCUCCUAGGUCUAGGAGCCAUUCUAGAGAUUCAGACAAGUCCUCUUCUGACCGCUCUAGGAGAUCUUCCUCUUCCAGGUCAUCAUCCAACCACAGCAGGGUAGAGACAUCAAAGCGCAAGUCCAAGAAGGACAAGAAGAGUCAUUCUAAGGAACAAAGAGGCCGUGCAUCAGACGAUGACUCCAAGGAGCAUUCAGGAUCUGGAGCAGCAGACACUGGGAAUAAAACGGAGGGAUCCAAGUCGUGGCAGAAUACUGAGACUUACGAUACAAGUCCUGUUCCCCAACACAGCCCAGCAGAGCGUGCCCCAACACUGAAAAGUUCAGUUCAGUCUGUGGUGGUAAGGCGCUGCUCUCCUAGACCCAGCCCUGCCCUAAAGCCCAGUCCUCCCUCGCCAUCUGUCUUGCAGAGCAGUGGCUCCUUCCGGGCAUCAUCACGACAGAGCCCGUUUGAUCAUAGCUUGAGCCCGCCAAGGAAAAGUCCUCUUACCAAGAGCCCACCCACAGUUAGUUCUCUUUAUGGUAAUCAAAAGGAGGAGGGACGUUCUGGGGAGAUGACUGCUCCCAUAGGAACAGGAUAUAAAAGGUUCAUGGAAGAGCAAAAGAAUAAGGCUGAACUUGAGAAAGAGAAUGGAAAAGACAAGGAUAAAAUGAAGGAUCGUAGUAGCCCCACAGAUUUUGCCAUGAAUGAGUUAGAACGUGCGUAUAGAAAGAGCCAGUCACCAAAACGUUACAAGAUGCGGGAGGAGUUGGAAAAGUUUAAAUUGGCUGAGUUGCGCUUUGCCAAAGAGGAGACGGAGCUGGAGAGAAAAGGCCGAUCUAGGAAGGAUUCAGACAGUGACUCAAAGAACCAAGACCCAUAUGAUCCCGCAAAGUGGGAGGAGCUUUCUUUUGUACCAACCACAAAGGAGAAACGCCGGAAGUCUGAGGAUAUUGAGGAUGACGUUUAUAUCGAGCGGCCCAAGAAGGAGGACAAAGCCUCUAAGAAAGGGGAAUCUGCUCAUAAAGGAUUCCUACCUGAAAAGAACUUCAGGGUGACCAGUUUCAAGGCUUCCAAGGAAAGGAGCGAGUCCCCUCCACUUCGGAAAUCUGAAGGCAAAGAGAGGGAGAAAAUGUCAGCCAAGGAUGAUGUAACUAUCUCCAAGUCCUCUUUCUCUGUUAGCAGAGAAACCGGCCCUAGUGUCCGCCUGGACUCCUUUGAUGAGGAAGUUGCUCGUCCAAGUGGAGUGCUGGCCCAAGAACGCAAGCUGUCUCGUGACCUUGUUCACAGCAAUAAAAAAGAUCAGGAGUUCAAAUCUAUAUUCCAGCACAUUCAAUCUGCACAGCCACAGCGCAGUCCUUCAGAGCUUUUCGCUCAGCAUAUAGUUACUAUUGUACAUCAUGUCAAAGAGCACCACUUUGGGCCAACAACUAUGACACUGAGUGAACGCUUCACCAAGUACCUAAAGAAAGCAAAAGAACAAGAACAGUCCAAAAGUCGAAAGAGUCCUGAGAUUCACAGGAGAAUAGAUAUUUCUCCAAGUGCUUUUAGAAAACAUGGAUUUUUGCAAGAGGAACCAAAACACUCGAAGGAAGGAAGCCACAAGGGAGAAGGCAAAUACCGCGAAGAACCAUCAGACCUGCGGCAGGACAUUGAGCGCCGCAAAAAGCACAAGGAUUCCAAACGUGACCACUCCCGGGACUCUGGGGAUUCCAGAGACUCAAGCCGUUCCAGAGAACGGUCACCAGAGAAAACCGAGAAGCCCAGAAAAUCUUCCAAAAAACACAAGAAGCACAGGAAAGUGCGUGAGCGUUCUCGCUCCUCUUCUUCUUCAUCUCACUCUUCUCAUUCGCUGAGGGCACCAGGCCCAGAGGAGUUUCCUGCAGAGACUGAGGACAAAGAAGAGGCUUCUUCUGCCCGCUACGGCAACAAAGAGUUCCAAGGAUCCAAUGAGAGAGGCCGUGCCCGUGGAACCUUUCAAUAUCGAGCAAGAGGAACAAGGCCAUGGGGUAGAGGUACUUUUCAAGGGAAUAACAAUAACAACAAUGACUUCCAAAAACGUAACAGAGAUGAAGAGUGGGAUCCAGAAUAUACUCCUAAAAGCAAGAAGUAUUAUCUGCAUGAUGACCGGGAAGGGGAGAACGAAGAGAAAUGGGUCAGUCGCGGGAGAGGCCGUGCCAGCUUUGCCCGCGGAAGAGGCAGGUUCUUGUUUCGUAAACCUGGCACCAGUCCCAAAUGGUCCCAUGACAAGUUCAGCGGGGAGGAAGGAGAGAUAGAAGAAGAUGAAAGUGGAGCAGAAAGCAAAGAUGAGAAAGGCAGCAGUAUAGCCAAUAUGGAGUAGGGAUAAGGUCCAUAACCUUGUUACGAACUGUACCUGCAGGAGGAUGGAGAGGGCACGCUUCGAUUUCUUGUCAUAAUCCAUGAGAUGACUGGCAGACCAUGUGCAGAAGCCAGUGUCUGAUUUUAUGUAUUUUCACACCCUCUUGCAUCUAUUGUUUGUUGGAUUCUUUUGUUCAAUAUAAAAAGUUCGUAUUUUUUUUAAUCUUUGUUCAGAAAUAGAAUAGUGUGAUGUCUAAUAAAUGUAUAUACUGCUGCCAUCCAGCAACUUGCCCACAUUAGAUUUUAUCUUCUCUGAACUAGACACGCUGACUUGAGUGUAAUUUUUACUAUGCCCUUCUGAAAACCAAAUUUCUCGUUUUCUUUUGUAAUGGUUGACAAUUUUUUUUUAAAUUUCCUGUUUUAAGCUUAUGUAGAAAUACAAUUACUAUUAUGGUAUUCUUUUUAGAGAAAUCAUUAUAGAAGGUGAAGGAAAAACGUUAAAAUGGGGAAAAUACCUUAUUUUUUUUGUUUUGUUUUUUGUUUUAUAAUAAAUGUUUGUUUCGCAUAACUGUUGAGCAUAUUUGCCUACGCAAUUCAUUUUUUCUUUAUAUGCUUUUCCAUUUUUGAACCUGAGUAGUAUAAUGCAUUUAAAGUUUGACUUCCACAGGACCAUUAUUUUGUCCCAAGAAAGAUAAGGAAAAUUCUGUUAUUUCUUAAAGGCUCUUCGCAGGAUGUUAAAUAAAUCUGCUUUUGUGGUUGAA